AUGGUUUCAUUUCGCAUAGUGUCAUGCCAUGACCCGACGAGUUCAGUCGAAGUAUGUGCUUUCGUAUUACAUUCUUUAACUGCUUUGCUUCCAGCCACCAAGCUUAACGUGCCUAAGUGGGCAGAGAUUGAAGACUUACCUUUAGCGGAUCCUGCGUAUACAACGCCAGGUAAGGUUGAGAUCCUUCUAGGUGCCGAGGUGUAUGCAGAAAUAUUACUCGAGGGGUUGAUCAAGAAGCGUUCAGAGGGGAGCAAUGGAACCAUGAUAGCUCAAAAUACGAUGCUCGGUUGGAUCGUGUCUGGACGAGCAGUGAAAGGAUCUGAGACUGAGGUGAGUGCUAGAUUUACUAGUAUGCAUGUUCAUAUUCAGGAAGAUGACUUAUUGAAAAGGUUUUGGGAGAUGGAGAACGAGCCUAAUAUGAUUAAAAAGGACAUGACUAAGAGUGAGCAACAAUGUGAGGACUAUUUUAAUUCAACGACUGUGAGAGAUGACGAGGGUAGGAUUGUAGUAAGACUACCAUUCGCAACUGAGGACCCUAAGUGUCAAUAUGGCAAUUCUAAAGAAAUUGCUAUCAAGAGAUUAGAGAUUUUAGAGAGAAAGUUACUGAGAGAACCUAAACUUAGAGAAGAGUAUAACAAGGUCAUGGAAGAAUACCUAAGUCUUAAUCACAUGAGAGCAGUAAGUGAGAGAGAGCUAGAGAAUCCUAAGGCAGUGUAUCUUCCUUUUCACGCCGUUAUCAGGGAGGACAAGGAGACGACAACAUUUAGAAUUGUUUAUAAUGCUUCGAGUAAGGGAGACAACAACGUAUCCUUAAACGACGACCUCCUUGUUGGCCCUAAAUUACAACAAGAUUUGAGACACAUUUUAAUGAGAGCUAGGAGUCACAAGAUCUGCCUUGUCGCAGAUAUCAUUAAGAUGUAUAGGAUGGUUCGUGUAGCAGAGGAAGACACGGAUUUCCAGAGAAUUGUUUGGCGAUUUAAGUCAGAUGGAUCAGAGCCUAUACAGCACUACAAACUACUGAGAUUGACAUUUGGGACAGCUUGCGCGCCGUAUUUGGCCGUUAAGUCAUUACAGAAACUUGCAGAGUUAGAAGAGAGUAAGUAUCCUUUAGCUGCGAGAAUAACAAGACGAGACUUCUACAUGGAUGACUUACUUACCGGAGCUGAAACUGAGACUGAGGCACUAAAAAUAAUUGACGAGAUGAAUGAGUUGAUGAGAUCUGGUGGUUUCGAACUUCAGAAAUGGAAUACUAACUCUAAACCUGUACUGGAGAAGAUUGUAGGGAAUAAAGAGUUAUCAGAUCAGACAGUGCACCUAAAACUGAAUAAUACGAUGAAGGUUCUUGGAGUAAGCUGGAAUAGGGAAACUGAUAAUUUUGAAUACACGCUAAAUUUAUCCAAAGUUCAAGAACCAAUUACUAAGAGAAAAGUGUUGUCUGAUGUAGCGAGGUUAUAUGAUCCACUUGGGUGGAUUGCUCCAGUCGUGGUUGUCGCCAAAAUCUUCAUUCAGAAGUUGUGGAAGUCAGGGUUAGAAUGGGAUUGUCCGUUAACUGAAGAGUUGGUGAGUGAGUGGCUGUCAUUCAGAGAGGCAUUGACAGAUCUUAAGCAGCUGGCGAUACCAAGAUGGCUAAACGCCACGCCAAGCUCAAAGAUAGAACUGCAUGUUUUUUCAGACGCUUCAAAGUCAGCGUUUGCAGCAGCGGUAUACAUAAGAGUGAUUGAUGAGGUAAAUGGCGUACACGUACACUUGAUAACAGCUAAAACAAAAGUGGCCCCAACAGAGAGAGAAAUUUCCAUUCCGAGACUUGAACUGUGUGCUGCAGCCUUAGCAGCGAAGCUCAUAUCUGAAGUUGGACAGGUAAUGGACGUACCAAAAGAGAAUCUACACGGCUGGACAGACAGUACAAUAGUUCUAGCCUGGCUCAAAGGAGGAUCAUCUCGUUGGAGUACAUUUGUGAGUAACAGAGUGUCCACGAUAUUAAAUAUACUGGAGUUUGAGCAAUGGAGUCAUGUACCUACUGAGUUUAACGCUGCCGACUGUGCAUCUCGCGGUUUACAACCAAGAGAUUUACUAGACCAUUCAUUAUGGUGGAAUGGUCCGCAAUGGCUAGCUCAAUCUAACUUUGAGAAAGACGACAUAAUCGUAGAAGACACACAUGAGGAGGAAAGAGUCGCAUCUUUAACUGUUGUAUCCCAUAUUGAUGAAGAAACCCCAAUCUGGUCGAGAGAGAUGAGAGACAUGUUCAACACUGCUAAAUCAUCAUUACCUGAUGAAAUAGCAGCUAUACUUACUUUAGAGCACACGACAUGGCACUUCAUCCCUCCGCACGCUCCCAAUUUCGGCGGUCUUUGGGAAGCUGGAGUUCGUAGUACAAAAGGGCAUUUGAGGAAGAGGUAG